UUGUCAGUGCAAGUUACAAGAAUUGUCUUUAUUUAAACUAAAGCGGGGAAAAAAACGAUUUAAAGACUUCAACUAGUAAUUCUAUAGGGAUGCACGUAUACUAAUGAGAAAAUUAUAUUAGUAUUAUGUACGAUCGUUCUUUCUACUCGAAAGGAACGGCCAAGAACGGUCACUCUACCAACUUUAUUGCUUUAUUCGCGCCAUACUUUGGUUCAUCCACGUGCAGUGCAUUCUUGUCUUUUGAUAUACCAUCAACAUGUCUGCUAAAGUUGUUAAGCAGUUUCGACGAGUAAGUUUCCUUUUCGUAAUGUAGAUUUUUGUAUCUGUGAAAUCUGGAAUCGACAGGAAGAUAAAUGUGAUCUUUCUUGAUGGGGAUGGGAGCUGGUUUUUUCAUUACCAGAAACUAAUGCUAUAUCACCGAAAAUCGCUGUAUAAAAGCUGCCGAAACAUUGAUUUACAAGCAUUAAAUUCUCACGCGUUGCAUUACGAAUAAAUGUGAAAUUUGAUGUAGCGCAUCGCUGACAUCAUUGCUUUGGGACUUUUGUUUUCAGAUAAUUGGACAAAAGAGAACAACGGCCUUGAGCCAUUUCACUAAAACAGGGACACGUAUCCCUGGUGAAACGAGAGCUGUGUUUCUUGCAAGAAUGAGAGGUGAGUGGGCUCGCUUGAGAGCAGAGGAAAAACAACAAUUCAAAAAAGAGGCAAUGUCCUGCAGAGGGCAACUUCCUCAAGAUGAAGGACAAAAAACUGCAUACUUGAGGAGGGUGUGCUCUGAAUUAAAUCAGCUGACUGACUUCAUGAAGCAGCUUGGCUGGUCGUUUUUUUAUAAAAUAACAACUGAAACCAGCAUCCUGGAGUCUCCAGGAGGACAAGCUGCUUCCGUGCAACAAAACCCAACACCCCCACCAACACGUAUCCCAAGGCCACCAAAAGGGGCGAAGGAGGAGGAAAGGGCCAACCUGCGGCGGGAGGUUCAAAACCUCUUCAAUGAACUGUAUGGCCAAGCCACUGGAAGUAUGGGAAAUUUCCCAUAUAAGAAGCAUAAGAUCUGUCCAGAGGUGGCUGUGACAGGUCUGCCUGAAGGUGUUCCUUUCAAGGAACCCUUCAGCUAUGGCUUGCCGGCAUUAAAAGCCAUAAUUGCCGAAAAACAUAAAAUACAAAUGCAUCUAAUUCAGGCAAGCUUAUCAGAAGACGUGGCACCAGGAGAGGAUACAACUCCUGCUAUCAGAGCACAGUCUUUGUGGCAGCAGUUGACAGGCUCCUGUGCUGCAGUGUCCUCACAGAGGAAUGGCAGUGUCUCUGUUGUUGCUAAGGUGACACACUUGGAUGCUACCUCCCCAGGAACAGAAGACUGUGUUGCCCCAACCCCCCAUGAGAGUACACAUGCUCCUGGAAAUGUACAUGAGGUACUUCCCACCUUCAGCCCCAAUGUGGAUACAUCUGGAGUUCCUGAUGCCAAUAAUGAACAUGAGGUACGGCCCACCUUCAGCCCCAAUGUGGAUACAUCUGGAGUUCCUGAUGCCAAUAAUGAACAUGAGGUACGGCCCACCUUCAUCCCCAAUGUGGAUACAUCUGGAGUUCCUGAUGCCAAUAAUGAACAUGAGGUACUUCCCACCUUCAGCCCCAAUGUGGAUACAUCUGGAGUUCCUGAUGCCAAUAAUGAACAUGAGGUACGGCCCACCUUCAGCCCCAAUGUGGAUACAUCUGGAGUUCCUGAUGCCAAUGCCAUGUCUACGGGUCCAGAAAAAACUGCUGAGAAGUCAUCUACAAAUGGAGCAGUAAAGAAAAGCCAAUGGAAGGCCGAGGAAGUGGCAGCUGUCCAGCUCCAUUUCCAGGAGGAACUGGAAGGAAGAAAGCUGGUCCAGAUGGCCAACAUAAAGAAAUUUGUUGUCAUGACAAAUUUCUCCAGAACACCAUCUGCUGUGCAGAAAUUUCUGCUGAGAAGAAGAAAAGAGCACAGGACCCAGUGACAUCUGGAUCAGUUGUCUUCCUGCCAUUUUGCUGUAUAUUAAUAUAAUUUUUCUGUAUAUGACUAUAUUUUGUGGUGUUAACAUUUUUUUAUGUUGUUGAAUUCCCUUGUGCCAGAAAUUGUGAUUAAAUUGUGUACAGAUAUUUUAACAGAACAUAUAAAAACAUUGCAUUUACACAUAUAUAUAUGGCAUGUGAUUGUGUUUGAUGCUGUAGCUUUAAAAUCCAAUUUCAACACAAUUUGUUCAUAUGAUGUCAUGAGAGUUUUUCACUGAGAGUAACUGUAAGUUUUUUCUUUUAAGCUUUGGUUUGUGUAGGUAUUUUUUAAUGUUGCCUCGUUACUCUGCAUUAUUGAAUCAUAUAGUACCGUAAAAGUGUCUGUUUAUUGGUGUUUACUAAUCACAUAGAUGUGUGUAAAUCAGAGGUGAACCUUAUUUUAUGAAGUUGGCCAAGGGUGUUUUCAAAUAAGGGUGUUUUCAAAUAUUUGAGAUUUGGUACUGGGAGUGUGAAAAUGUUGGAGAUUUUGGAUGUUUCACCCUUCCUUGCUUAUUUAGAACAGCAUAUAACAUAUCAUAUGUGGAUCUGACUGGUCGGUAACAGACUUAAUGUGUAAGAAAUUUAUAGAUGUUGGGGCAGUAUGUAAUUAGUUUUAAAUUUUGAUACUAUCUAGAUAUGAGUGAUGCUUACUUUGCAAGCUACUUGUUACUUUCUUCUGAAAUAAAACAAG